CGAAGACCCGCAAAAUACCUGCGAAAUCUGGAUCCAAAUUCUGCGUAUUAUGAUCCCAAGACUCGUUCUAUGAGGGAAAACCCCUACAAAGAUACGAGCAAAGAAGCAGAACAGGUUGACUAUGCAGGAGAGAAUUUUAUUCGCUUCAGUGGAGACACGUCAAAACAUGCUCAAGCUCAGAUGUUUGCAUGGGAAGCUCAACACGCCGGAGUCGAUGUUCACUUGUUAGCUGAACCAACCAAGGCCGAAAAACUCAAAGUCGCAUAUGUUGGUAAAAAGGAAGACAUUAAAAGCUCUAUUCAGGAGAAUAUUCUUGAACGCUACGGAGGUAAAGAACAUUUACGAUUUCCACCAAAAGCACUUUUGCUUGCCCAAACUGAGCAAUAUGCUGAGUACUCCCGAACUGGGAAAAUCAUCAAAGGUGCUGAUAAAGCAGUAAUAAGCUCUCGCUAUGAAGAAGACAUAUAUUUUAAUAACCAUCAGUCAGUUUGGGGUUCAUAUUGGAAAGACGGUCAAUGGGGAUUCCGGUGUUGUCAUUUGACGCUAAGAAACUCAUACUGCACGGUAGAAAGAAGCAAAGAUAUAGAAGAAGGAAAAAAACAGGUUCUUCGGUGGCUAUAACGGCGAUCAAAGUCGAAUGCCCA